CCGCCUUUCUCUCCCUCCUUGGCCUCGGCGACGACGAGCGCGCCAUCGCCCUCCUCAGCAACCAUAUGGCGCCGACGUGGCUCACCGAGACGAGCGCGCCAACACGGCGUGAGCUCGUUCUGACAGCGGCCUUACUCGCCUUCCUCCUAUACACCUUCACCGGCUCGCGCAUCGACCCGCACGCAGCGCAAGGCCUCAUUCGCGAUGAGGAUCUGGUUGUGGACUCUGAAGCCACCAAGGAGGUUGCGCUUGCCCCGGAGGAUACGGUGUUGCGGUGGACACCUGGGAAGGGCGACAUCCCCCGGACGAACGUCGUAGCGCAUGUUCCAGGCUGGACGAUUUUCGACCGCCUGUAUGCACUGAACGGCACGCUCUACGUCGUGACGGACAACAUCACCGCCGUCCCGCCCCGCAAGCUGAUCAUCUCGACCGCUGUACCGAUACACAAUGGCAAAGUCGAGGAGAUGCGUCGGGCGCCGACAGACCGCGAGAUGCAAUAUAUCACGCCGAAACAGGCCGAAAAGCUGUUCGGCGCAGACGGGCUCGCCAGCGCGGACCGCGUUGACGGUGUCACUUGGUAUGCCAACGACCCGCCGCAGUUCAUCACGCAUUACUACCACUUCUCCGCCGAACUCUUCUUCGGCUUUUGGCGAACGUACUCCUCGCUCGACCCGCUCAUCCCCUCCACCGGGGUCACAUCUCUCCCGCCCCCGCGACGGAUGCUGUUCGCGCACACGGACUCGGACCGCUGGCGCGACUACGCGAGCAUGAACCAGUUCGUCAUCCGCGCCGCGUUCCCGAGUAUCACGAUGGAGUUCUCGCACGACUGGGAGGCGCGCAACGCGUUCCGGAUCGCAGACACCGAGAUCUGGAGCAACGACACCAGCACCGCCGUCGCGGGCGGUAAGCGGCAGGCACAGGUGAAGUACGCGGCGAACGGGGACGGCAUCGGGAGGCCGAUCGUGUUCGACCGCGUCGUGCUCGCGGAUCGUGCGGCGGCGAUGCAUGGAUACAACUUCUUGCGCACGCAGCGAACAGCGUCGGCGCCAUUCGCCUUGCCGGGAUCCGUGCACUGGUGGGCUGCUGUGCGAGGCAACAUCAUGCGGUAUUCGGGCGUCGGCGAUCACGACGCAGACAAGCCCGUGAUCACGUACAUCUCGCGGCAAGACUGGGGUCGUCGUAUGCUGAUACCGGAAGAUCACGAACGCCUGAUGCAGGAACUAUACAAGCUACGCGACGAGCGCGGGUACGAAGUCAACGUCGUCAGCAUGGACAAGUUGUCUCGCAUCGACCAGCUCAUCCUCUCCGGACGUACCACAAUCAUGAUGGGCGUACACGGUAACGGCUUGACGUCGCUCGUGUGGAUGAAACCGAGCGCAAAAUCCACCGUCAUGGAAUUCUUCUACCCCGGCGGCUUCGCGCACGACUAUGAGUGGACGACGCGCGCUCUCGGCAUGGUUCAUUACGGCUUCUGGGGCGACCGGGCAUUCACCCGCCCCAACACACCGCCCGUCGCGUACCCACCGGGCUUCCAGGGCAACGAGAUACCGAUUGACGGCGUGCUCGUGGCGCAAUAUUGCGUCGACCGCCUCGAGCUCGUACAGGAGCUGGACGAGUCGUAAAAUGCAUCGAGCUUCUCUCGACUCGAAGAAGGUAGAGCAUCUCACGGACAUUGUGGUGGCCAGGUAUCGGCAGUAUAUCGCUUUGCAUUCGCAUGUGUAAAUUAUAUGCACGGUUCUCUCUCAUAAUUCAUAGAGUAGCGUAUUGAAUUGGAUCGUCGGGGACUGCGUAUAUAUUUCGCUUCAAUGAAACUUGU